AUGACCUCCGAACAAGCUCACGUCGUAAAGCACGCAAAGGCGAACCCCGACAUGACACUUGAUGCGUUGUGCUCGUGGGCGUACCGAACACUGCGGCUUCCAUCGCAGCCAUCGACAUCAGCAAUGUCUCGCGCCGUGUAUGCCCCUGUCCAGUCGACAGAUCGGGCGGCAUUCUUCGACAGCCUUCCCCGAGACUUCCCCGACGACAGCGUGCAUGUGGUGAUGGGCGACUUGAACGUACCGCUUGAUCUGUAUCUCGACACAGAGCGUCAACACCAUGACUCAAAGAAUGUGAAACCUACGGCGUUAACGGCACUUAUCGCGCCAUCAAGGAGUUCGCAGCCACAGUGA